CCCCCCCCCCCCUUCUCCGUUCUCCCCACCUCCCGCGAAAGCAGCAGCAGCAGCCAUGGCCGCCUCCCGCGACCUCCUCGACGUCGACCCGCCGGAGCUUCAGUUCCCGUUCGUGCUCUACAAGCAGAUCUCUUGCCCCCUGCGGCUCACCAACAGGACAGACAGUACCGUCGCCUUUAAGGUCAAGACGACGAGCCCCAGGAAGUACUGCGUGCGGCCUAACAAUGGCGUCGUACCCCCACGGUCCUCCUGCACAGUUGUAGGUAACGUGUUGCAGUUACUGGACUGGCCACAGUUCAAGAAACGGUUCAAUUUGGGAGACUAUAUAUUCGUUACGAUGCAAGCGCAGAAGGUGGUGCCUCCCGAUUUGCAGUGCAAGGACAAAUUCUUGGUGCAGAGCGUGAUUGUCAGUGACGGCUUUUCAGCCAAGGACAUAACCUCGCAGAUGUUCGUGAGAGAAGGGGGUAAUGUGGUUGAGGAGGUGAAGCUGAAGGUUGCUUAUGUGAUGCCACCUGAACCACAAUCAGAGAUUGCAGAAGAGCACGAUGGUUUAGAGAGAAUUUUAGUGCCUAUGCAGCGGAAUGUGGACAAUGGAAGGAGUACUUCAGGGGUGUCGAGUGGCUCUGCAUCUUUGAGAUCAGCUGAGGAGGUGGGAUCACCUGUUGGGCGAAUUGUGAAGAGUGAGGAAUUCCUGAAGGCUGCAAGACCUGCUCUGGAAACAAAAGCAUAUCCGGGACCUGCUGAACAAUCCAAUCAGCUGUCAGCUAUAAUUGCAAAACUGACUGAAGAAAAGAAUUCUGCACUUGAGCAAAAUAGAAAGCUUCGAGAUGAAUUGGAACUUGUAAGGCGUGAAGCCAGUAAACAGCAGGGCAGCUUCUCGCUGGUUCUCCUAAUAGCUAUCGGGCUCCUGUGCAUCAUACUGGGUUAUCUUGUAAAUAAAUGAGAAUUUCAUAGCCUAAUUGGGUGCUAGUUAUGGUAAAUAAAAGGUAACAUAUCAUGUGAUUCUUAGAUUCGUCGACCAGCUGCCAAUGCUACGAGCCGUGCAACAGCACGAGCGUCAAAUUGACAAAAGUGGGUUGUGUAAUGGCAUCUAGUUUGAUCCUUGAUGUAUUUUAACUAAUCACUGUAAAAGUGAUUGCUCUUAUUAUGUUUGAUUCCUGUAUCAAUCCCAUUCAAUUUAUCACCUACAUUGUGGA